CGGGCCCUCUUGGCCGGCGGCCUUUUUGCUGUUGCCGUUCAGGCGAUGCAGCCCAACGCUGAAGAGCCCGUCGCGGCGCCUAUGCGUGAUCUCCAGUGGGCCCAGCUCAACUUCCUCCAUACAACCGACACACAUGGCUGGCACGGUGGUCAUCUUCAGGAGUCUCAGUACUCUGCCGACUGGGGUGACUACGUCUCAUUUGCCCACCACAUGCGCAGGGAGGCCGACGACCGGGGCGUCGACCUGCUGCUGGUUGACACUGGCGAUCGCGUCGAGGGCAACGGCCUGUACGACGCCUCUACGCCCAAGGGCAAGCACACCUACGAUAUCUUCAAGCAGCAGGACAUCGACAUCAUCUGCACCGGCAACCACGAGUUGUACAACUAUGACACUGCUGAGAGUGAGCGGGCUCACACCGUGCCCAAUUUCGCUGGCAGGUACCUCGCCUCAAACCUCGACUACAAGGACCCGAACUCGGGCGACUGGGUGCCCAUGGCGCCGAGGUACAAAAAGUUUCAGACCAAGAACCAGAAGCUGGACGUCGUAGCCUUUGGCUUCCUCUUCGACUUCACUGGCAACGCGAACAACACAAAGGUCCAGAAGGUGUCGGAUACCAUCAAGGAACAGUGGUUCCAGGAUGCCAUCCGGGAAAAGGCGGACGUCUUUGUCGUGAUUGGUCACAUCGGCCUGCGCAUGGAGGAGCUCCAGAAGAUCUUCCGGGAGAUCAGGAAGCAGAACUGGUUCACACCCAUCGCCAUAUUCGCCGGACAUGCGCACGUCCGCGAUGCUGCCAGCUUUGAUGCCCGUUCCUUUGGCAUCGCGAGCGGACGGUAUUUCGAGACCAUCGGGUGGAUGUCGGUAGAUGGCAUCGCAAAGAAGUCGGAGGAUGUGCAGACGACGGCGGUCUCUUUCAACAGACGGUACAUCGACAACAACCUGUUCGGCUUGUACGCCCACACCGGUCUGAACGAGUCUACCUUUCACACCGAGCACGGUCGGAACGUCAGCAAGAUGAUUACCGAGGCGCGCAAAGAGCUGAACCUCGACGAAAGGCACGGGUGUGCGCCUCAGAACUACUGGAUGGCACGGACGCCCUACCCAAGCAACGACAGCAUAUUCACAUGGCUGGACCAGGAGGUUAUGCCUGAUGUGAUCUUCAAAGAGACACGCAAAGAGGUUCCCCGCCUCGCCAUCAUCAACACUGGCGCCCUGCGCUUUGACAUCUUCCAGGGGCCCUUCACCGUUGACACUACCUACAUCGUCUCGCCUUUUCAGAGCAGGAUGUCCUAUAUCCCUGAAGUCGAGUAUGUGGUCGCCAAGAAGGUUCUCGCCCUCUUGAACAAGGCGACCCGGAUCCUCGAUGUCGAGGACCACGACCCGAGGAUGAUGGGCCCACCAGAGCAGUGGACCGUAGCCCAGGAUAUUAUUUAUCCCAACCUCCCUCCGCCAACCACACCUUUUUUUGAGGUCGACGGUCAAAAGCCUAUGAGUGACACGGGGGACAAGCCUCACUUGAUCAGUGGCUAUACUACCAAGGACGAUAUCGGCAGUGAUGGCGACGACGCCAUCCACUCUCCGAUCAACUUCUACGUCCAGCCAAACUGCAUCCAAUCUGAGAUUGGCUUCCCACAAGAGGGCGAGCCGGACAGGGUCGAUCUCGUCUUCAAUGACUUCAUUACGUCGUGGGUGAUUCUGGCUCUGAAGUUCAGCGGUGGUGACUACAAGGAGGCGGACAUCCAGUUGUGGGACGAGGCCCCCUUCACCGACAUGAUGGCAGGCUGGAUCAAGGAGCACUGGAAGGGAGAUUGUUGAAAUCGAUAAUGAUUUGUAUGGUUUGAUUCUGCGAGCAUGACUUAACACUGGCAAUCAUCACCCCGUCCUCAAGAGCUGAGUGCGUGAGGUGUUUCUUGAUGUUUCGGAUUUUUUAUUUUUUAUUAUUUUGGGUCCGGCGCCAGAAUUAGUAGCACGUGAUUUUGAGGUAUUAUAGAUGUAACAUUUCGUAUUAAAGAAGGAUGCCAUUACAACU